AUGAGUCGUGACAUGUUUUCAGUAAUCAUAGCUUCUCUGAAGUCUUUGAUGAGAGCAGAACACACCUUAAGCAAUUUACACCUCGGAAACCAAAUCCACCCUGGCCUAAAGAUCUUUGUUUUAGCUAGUAGUGAUGGCCAAGUCCUAGAUUUUGAGUUUUUUCAGGGUAAGGAAGACUUGCUUUUGAGUGUACAAAGAACUGGACUUCAUCUUCCAGAGUGGGGUACCCUUAAGAUAGGAGAAGCUGCAGUCCUAAGAUUUGUAAAGAAUGGAGCUACAGGGGCAAUGAAGAAGAACCUUGUGCCAAAAGAGUGUCGCUUGAAGACUGAGAAUCAAUUAAAGAGAUCCGGCAGAGGUUCCUCUGACUGUGCAAGGUGGUGUAAAAGAGAAAAACGCCACUUAGAAGUGCAACGUCCUAGGGUUGUUGAGCUAUACAACUUAAAGAUGGGGGGCGUUGAUAUUAUUGAUCAGGUCAUUAGCUAUUACAGAAGUGCAACACGUUCUGCAAAAUUUACUGUUCGAGCAAUGUUGCAUCUUUUGGACCUCUCUUGCGCAAAUGCAUGGUUAGAGUACAGAAAAGAUUGUGAAAAAAGCAGUUCUGUUGCCAUGGACAAAGUUCUAAAUGAUGACAACAGUGAGUCUGAUAUUUCAGAGGAGCAUGCUGACAUUUCUAGAAAAAGAACAAGGCCCCUUCCCACUGCUGCAAAGCGUACUAACAGUGCAUGCCAUAUGCCUGAUGCAUUACCCCCUUAUGCCUCUAGAAUGAGAUGUCGAUAUCCAGGGUGCAAUGGGAGGACCAAGUUUUCAUGCAAAAGUUGCAAAAGCCCCGACGGACCAAAUUUGGGCCAAAAUUUAAAGGUCAAUAUCUCUAGAACUACUCAUGAUACACAUCUAAAAAUAUGCUUGUAG